UUAUUGGAGAAUGGUUAUAAGUGCUUCAUUAGGCGAUUUGUUUAUAAAUUGUUUGCCUUUUUACUAUUGUUAAAUUCAAGAUUUGUGUUUGCUAAAGUGUAUGGUACAGGACGGUAUAAUGGAGCUGCAUAUUAAAAACGUUAAAAUUGAGUGUAGUGAUUUAAAAACAUGCGGGGAAAUUGCUAUAUUGUUGUCACCGGAGAAGUCAGAAUUUUUCCUAAACUGCGGUUUUUGUGAAUAUACAUUUCUUCAAAUGGAAAACUUCAUCCAACAUAUGUACGAGGACCACAUUUGUGAGUUUUCUCCACCUGAACUAAAGCAGGAACCAUGCGAAGUGAAAGAAUAUGUGGACGAAGAGGAUGCUGCUCAGGAAAAUUACGAAGAUGAAUUCGUGUUAAAAGACUUUGAAAGAGUUGAAAUUGAAUUGGAUACAGCCGAAAUAGGCACUUCGCUUGAUAUUAAAGAAGAUAUAUCAGAGGAGUUUUUCGACGAAGAAAUCCAAGUAAGUGGGCAAUCCAGUAAAGUAGAUGCUUCGAAAAAAGUUAGUGGAACGAAUUUGCGCCAUAGAAAGAAAUGUGAAAUAAAAGAGGAAAAGAAAUUUGACAAUAGAGAUGGUCCCGGUGACUCUGAUCUUCUUAUUGAAAUUGGGGAGACAAAAAGGAUUUCAGAAACUGCUUACGAUAGACAGCGCGCACAUAGAAGCAGUUAUAAUCUAGAUGAGAAUCAGGACACCAAUAAUUAUGAGGAUUCUGAUGAGGCUUAUAUGCAAAAAGAUGAUGAGAUCGAUGGUGUCUCAAAAAUAGAUUCACAGCGCACUAACAGUAAUCGUGAGGCUCUAAAAGAAGCUGGCGAGACAGAAAUUAUCUCAGGAAUCGGUCGCAUUGUGCCACAUGCACCGCAUAGGAAUUCAAAUCAGUUCAAUGAGAAGGAACAGACCAACAAUUUUGAGGGACCUAAUGACGACGAUGUGAGAAAAGAAGUUCUUGAAACCGAAAGUGCCCCCGCAUUUGCUGCUCUUAAUAAGACUCAAGGCAAAUCCAAACCGGAAAACAAGAAAGUCACAACAACGGACAGUCUGUUGGAUGAUAGGCAAUGCAUAAUUUUGGCUGAAAUUUAUAAGUCGCAUCCUUGCCUUUGGAAUGAAAAUGACAUCGCGUAUAGGUUCGGAAAUAGACGCAACGAAGCAUUAGAAGCUGUUUACACGGAAUUCAAUGCCAAAACUGGAUUAAACCUGGCACAUCUUGAUUUGGAGAAGGAAGUUUUUCGUUUGCGAAAAAUCUGUUCAAAUGAGAAGAAAAUGAAAAUCGCAAGCAAACUGAAUAAAUUAGUUUAUAAAACAGCUUGUACUUAUUAUGAUGACAUUGCAUUCCUCGAGGUCGACGUUCCGCCUUUUGAGUGCUCAAUAUGUGAAAAAUUGUUACCUGGUUUAGGUCAACUUAAAGUGCAUUUAGCUUCUCACGAUGGUUCGCUACCAUUUAAGUGCCCUAUCUGUGGACAUGGAUUCCAGAUAGGGUCCAAUUUAACAGUUCAUUUACGAAGGCACGCUCAAGACUACAUGUAUAAUUGCGAAGUGUGUAAUAAACCUUGCGCUACAUCAACUGAGAGAAAAAUCCAUAUGCGUUCACACACAGGCGAAAAACCUUUUGUUUGUUAUAUGUGUGGUAAAAAGUUUUUAACAUCAUCUCAUUUGUUAUUACACACAAUGCGACAUGAAAAACGGACACGUCAUAAGUGUAAAUUUUGUUCGAAAACGUUCUAUGAAACAGGAACCUUAAAAGAACACCUUUUGGUACACAACAAAUUGCGAGACAAUAUCUGCAAUGUUUGCGGCAAAGGAUUUAAAAGUAAAAAGCAACUGGGACAACACAAACUUAUUCAUGAUGCAGACAAAAAAUAUGUAUGUAAAGUAUGUGGAAAACGUUUUGCGCAAUCCGCCGGCCUUUGUGGACACAUGAAAUCACACGGUCCCAAGUAGUCUACGUAAAGCACCGAAAGCACAAGUAAAAGUAAAAUUCCUACUGAAGAUAAGGGUUGGAUACACUCUUAAGUAUUUUUGAAUGCUUAACUCAAUUUAUGUGUACAAUAAAUAAAUUUUAUAAGUUUAUCAUAGCUUAUUCAUAUUAGGCAAAGUGUCGAUAAGGCACUUUUCUUAUUAAGCCGUAAGAAAUAAAUUGCUUACAAACGUA